CCUCAAGUUUAUAGCUCAACAACUGUUAUUACUGUUUCUUUGCGUGUCUUUUGUGGAAUUGCAUUUCAAGACAACAAUUUGCCAAAAAUUUAAGAGCAUCAAAGUUAUUAAUUAAUUAUAAGUCCAUCUUCCACGAGUGCUGUUAUAUUGAAUAGAAUUAUCUCCAAAAAGGUGCUUCAAAGAAACUGCCAACUUGGUAGGACCAGGUAGGCAUAUAAAUAUAAGUUGCCCCAAGACCAUUUCCUCAUUCCACAUACUCACAACAGAACAUUAAGUCCAAUUCUCUCAAACACUACAAACAAUGGCCAAGGUUUACCCUCAGAUACCUACAUCUCCUGAUCAGACUCAGUGUCUCACCACCAAAAGAGAAACAUACACUCUAUGGUUGAAAUCACUUGUCUUCCACUCCAAUGGUUGCACUGUCUAUGACUCUAAUGGUGACAUAGUUUAUCGAGUUGAUAACUAUGACAGAAAGGGAAGAAGAGAAGUUAAUCUCAUGGAUCUACGAGGCAAAGUUCUCUGCACCAUAAAGAAGAGAUUACUAGCUCUUGGAUGCUGGGAAGGCCACAGGUGCAUCAGUUCUGAUUUUGGUACACAGGAACAACCAUGGUUUCAAGUUAAAAGAUGUAAUCAAAUGAUCAAAGGGAAAGUGACUUGCCAAAUUUCUGUGGGGAGCCAAAAAUACAGCAUAGUGAGAAUAAGUGGCAAAGCAGAAGCAUUUAAGAUCGUAAACAUAGAUGGACAAAUAGUUGCCGAGGCAAAGCAAAAACACUCACCCACAGGAGUUGUACUGAGUAACGAUGUUCUAACGUUGGAUUUGGCUGCUGGCACAGAUCAUUCCCUUAUGAUGGCUUUAGUCACAGUAUAUGGAUUGAUAUGCGGUAUAAUGUAAAAAAAAAAAAAGAAAAACAAACAAACUUGCUGGUUGGUCCAUUCCAUAUGAGAUACACACAAUUCAUUCGGUGACUGACUCCUAUGUUAUUCACAUGAUUCACUUUGUAAAUUUUCUGAGUGACAAGUUUUGUAAUCAGAUUUUUGCUUAAUUAGUUUGUAUAAAGAUUUUGAGCUUCGUCAGGAUCGUAGAGAUAUAUCUAUGUAUACAUAUAUAUUUGUUUACAGAGGAAACAAGAUACAAUUUAUUGUACAUUCGAUCUUUGGAAUUUUA